AUGCGUAUUAUAAAACUCGAAAGGCAUUGUCUGUAUCGGUUAUUUCAAGACGAUUGUCACCAAGUUGUGUGGUUAUAUUUUAAAACGACAUGUGAUGUCAAACCUGAUCUAACGUCAGCAGAAAUAAUUAGUUAUGAACAAAAAGAACAUCUUCGAUAUGGUUAUCGGCAACAACAACAACAAUUACAAUCAAAAUCCAAUUUAGUUGCUCAUAAUACAGACAAUUACACACAGACAAUGCAAGAACAACCCACAUCUCUCAGUCUUGAUUCAUUUGAAAUUGAAUUACGUCAAACUCCACAAUCAAUCAUAAUUCGCAGUCGUCCAUGUUCAGAUUAUUCACCACAAGAUGAUCAACUGUAUAAUAAACAUUUGUAUUCGACAGUUUCACAUGAAACCAUUAAACCUUAUAUAGUUCUCGUUUAUAAAGAUGUUCAAAAAUAUAUUGAUCUCUAUUUUCCCGUGUUACAUGUUCGAUUACCAAUGUAUAAUUACUCGAUUAAAAUGAUCAAUAAUUUAUCAUCAACGCUAGCUCAAAAUGGUAUCAAAUUAGUUUAUGGAAAUAUAAAAAUAGAAUAUUUUAGUCCCACCUAUGUAUCACCCUAUGAACAUAUUUAG